UUGCAGCAAUAAUUGAAUAUACAAGUCUCGUUGAUGUCGGCUCGGGAACGCGUGUCUUUGCUUCUUCUAGUUGCUGGUUAUAAUUUUUGUUGUUAUUUUAAGUUUUGCUAAAAAAUAAACCAUAAGAAAAAAAUAAAAAAUAACAAUUAUUAAGUGUAUGUUUUUUUCUUUCUUAUACUGAUAUAUAUGUGUAUGCAAAUGUGUAAAUGAAAGUGCGCUAAAUGGUUCUUUUAAACCAUAUAAAAUAGCAAAUUAAUGCCCAUUAAUUAAAGAGAAAAAAAGAAUUAAUUUCAAAAUAAAUGUAGUCGUCUACAUCCUUCUGCAAAACGUGACGUGAUUUGAUGACAGCUGCCGUCUGUCACCUGCUUCUUUGAUUUGUUGCCGGUACAUACUAUUAUUUAUUUAUUUAUUUGUUAUUUUUUUUUUUUAACGUUUUCAAUAUAAUUUUCCUGUGCGGUUUAUAUCAAUACUAACAUGUUCGUUUUGCUUAUGUGUCAAGCACUGUUAUAAUAGUAGUGUGUAUGCAAGAGUUUGUAAAACAAUCUCUUUACUCUUGUAAGUUAAAUUGAUCUGAAUUUAUUUCUAAGCAACCUACGUAUUUUUGUUCUUGUUUUUUUUUUUUUUAUUGUGAAAUAAUAAUUACAAAAGGCAAAAAAUAAUUAUAAACAAUUUAAUAGUAACGGAACUGAACGUAAAAGUUCAUUUCAUUUCGUGGGGAUAACGACAACUGAUGGAUUUGUACUCACAAUUCUGAACAUCAAAUGGACCGACCUACCGCACAGCGCCAAGAACGGAGACAUAGUACGCAAGCAAUGAUAGACGAACAGGCGACAAACGAUACAAAAGCAUAAGCUAUCAUCAUAAGCAGAAAAAGAAAUGAAAUGCAAAUCUUAAGAAAUAAACAAAACAUCCGUUGUUGAUAACAUUUAAAUGCAUACAUGCAUGAGUGCCCGUGUACGUGUGAGUGAACCCAAAUAAUAGAGGCAGAAACCGAAGCAAUUAAACAAAAAAAACCCAACCAAAUAAAAUGAAAGCAAUAAACAAUAAAUUUAAUAAAAUCAAUUUUUAACUAAUAUUAAGCUAUAAUUAAAGAACAAAAAAAUGAGUGCCUAGAAUAUUUGCUCUAAAUCAACUUAAAAUUUAUUUAAGGUAGAGGUUAAAAAGAAAAAAAAAAAAUAAAAAAAAUAAUAAUAUUUUCUUUGUUUUAAGCAAUCAUUUAAUAGAAAAGAAAAAAUUUGUGUUAAAAGUAAAACUCUUGAAAAGUAAGAAGUUUUUCUCUUUUCUACGCGAUAGCGGGUAGUGGGUUUAUUCGCGCUAGCGUUAACAACAAUGCAAAAGCAACGGCUAGGCGCGUUUUAAAAUUUUUCCGUUCAACCGUCGCAGCAAAUACGAAGCAAAACGAAGAAACCGUGAAAUCAAUCAACGAAUUCUAUUAAAACAUAAUUAGUGUUUGCCGAUGUUUAUUUUUUCGUUCAUCUUUGUAACGUAAAUUGCUUCGCGCAACUACCCUUACCUUCGCUGAAACAGUGACAAUAAUUCUCCAGGAAAAAUGCUGGCCGGCAUCAGGAAACGUUUAGCUCGCAAACAACUUGACAUCAAAGAGUGCGAGGAUGAUGAUAAAGAUGAUUUACAUAAUUUUAUACCGCCCACCAAUUAUAUAAAAAUUUCUCAAGGUAAAAUACAACUAGUACAUCAAUCUGCUUUAUCAGCCGCUACCGCCGCCGCCACCACCAUCACAACCACUACAAACACAACAACAUUGCAACCUACACAACCAUCACCACCAUCAUUGCCAACAUUACAAAACGUUGCCGAUAGCAAUAAGGAUAAGGAUGUGCUUGAGUGUCGGAUUAUUGAACUCGAGGCCGCUGUAUUACGCCUGCAGGAAAAAGUUAAUAAUAGUCAAUGCGGGUCACCAACAUUUGAGAAAGAACUACGCGAACAAUUGGAAAACAUGAGCCGGGUAAUGAAGUCCAAAGAGCGUAAGCAAUUGCAAACUUGCCGGGAUCAUAAAGCUUUGCAGCAUUUCAUUUGUUUACCGCAGACUCGUUUCGCCCGCCAAGAAAAUCUUUUGCAUACAUUGCAACAGGAAAACAAAGCUUUACUCCUGCGUAUAAGACAAUACGAACAUUGCCUUGACGAUGUUAUGCGUAAGGUAGUGGAUGCUUUGGUGGCUGAAGACAAUUUACGCGAGGAAGUGGCUUUACUCAAGAGUCGAGUACGCGAUUUGGAAGCGCAAAAUGCGGCAUUAUCCGCUAGUCCCGCUAAAGGACGCGAUGAGGGCUACUGCACCAUGAGCAGUGGACAACCACAACCGUCUAAUAGUCAUUUGGAAGAUCUACCAGAGGAACCAGAACAAUGGUUGCUUCCAGCGGAGCCAUGCUCAACGGAAAUGGAAGAUUGGAGUAUGUCGCAAGAAGAAUUGGCUGUGAUAACCUUGGACGAAGAACGUGAACAACAACAACAACAACAACAACAACAGCGUAGAAGACAACAAAUACUGCAACAACAACAAGAAUCAAAAUUAAACAAUGGUAGUGAACAUGAUUGGAUUUGGAAUUCGAGUGAUUUACUUAACUCCACUACGGUAGAAACAGAUUCCGUUUCGGAUAAUAUAACACAAUUAUUACAACAAAAGAUAAUUUACUCGGAAGACGAAGAGGUUACCUGUACAGAAUUUACAAAUGAUUUCUAUAAAUUAGUAAACAUACGUUCCAAUUCAGCGCGUAGCAUGUACUCCUAUUUAGAAGGUGACACAGACGGGGAGGACGAUGACGAGGAUGACGAGGACGAUGAUGACGAUGACGACGACGAGGACGACGGGGAAGGUGGCGGUGAGGCUUUGCAUAAUGAACCCGACAACGUUGACGGCAAUGAUAGUCUAACGCCCAGUCAUAAACGUUUAAGAAGCAAAGUCUUAAAAUCACGUCUAAAACAAGCAAGCCCCACGCCGAGUGAAGCUGGUCGAGCCCAAGUCACAAGUUGUUCCUCAAGUGAAACGGAUGAUUUAUCUCAAUGCACUACCACUACGGUUCACCGUGAAUUGGUUUUGCAAACAACACCCGAACACCCGACUAUUGAUGACAACAUCGUCAAUAAUGAGCACAGUAACGAUACUCAACUUAGUGAUACAGAAAUUGAAGAUAUGCAGAAGAAAGUCAAUGAGGAGAAUAUAAGUAAUACUGUAAAAACACCGAAUAAGUAUCCAUGUCAGCUAAGCGAACAUAUAAAUGAAAAGGAAUGCAUUGAACAAAUCAUUCGCAAUGAAUUAAAUCGUAAACCACGUCAUAAACUAAUGAAAUCCCAAUCUACCAUAGAGGAAGUCUCUACGCAUAAACAGCUACGAAUUCAACACAAGCAACACCAGCACGGUGAUAAUGUACUGAAAGUGUUAAGAAGUGGCAGCGUGAACGGUAAUCUAGCAGCUAAGGCGGCAAAAUUACAUGAAUCCAGCACUUUAUACGGUAACAAUCAAAGUAGCUCGUGGCGCCGCUGCAAUGGUUGGAAAAGAAUAAACUCUCCUCUCCAUUCACCCACUGUAGCCUCUCCUAAGAAGGUAACCAAAGUCUAUGAAUUAAAAAUCCCUCCAAAAAUGACACCUCCUACACGUAUACCCUCCUGUGUAGCAGCAAUAUCAUCGAAUUGUCAGCAACAGCAACUGCCUCUAUCGAAAACUAUAACAACAACAACAACAGCAGCCAAUUUAACUAAUACUCAACCAAUACAGCAAACAGCACGUAAAUCGAAAAUUCCUCCUCCCGUACCCAUAAGACGUUCCUAUGUUAGUUAGAUAAUUUAAAAUAAA